AUUCAAUCCCAAUGCGUGCAAUGAAUUUAAAACGUUGUACUAUCACGCCAUAGUGCUUAAACUUCCGAUAUAACAUGCGAUAGCAAUAUGUCAUUUAAGAAACAAGUGUAUUCGUUCAGAGUAAAGCACUUCGACAACUUGAUAUGAUAGACGAUGCCGAUUACUAUUGAGGACAGCAUAAAGCUAAGCGCAGAUGUCCAUGUGCGCAAUAAGAUGAUGUAAAGUUUCGGGGAUCCUCUUGGAGCAUGGCAUAGUGGUUUCAAAAUAAUGAUUCACCUGUUAUAAGUAAUAUAUUAUAUUGGACAUGAACUUUUUACUUAAUCUCACCAAAGAGAUUGUUGGUAGUCUUUGGAAUAAUGGGCGAGACAGGUGAUUUAGUAAAGGAACAAUUAGAAGAUUUAAAAAAAGAAGUGCAUUCAUUACACGAAGAAAACAACAAACUGCGAAGAGAGCUUGACAAAACCACUAAAGAAAAAAAGCAUCUUGGAGACAAACUCAAGGAAACCACUGAAGAAAAACAGCAUAUUGAAGACAAAAUAAAAGCGUAUCUUACACUAAGUGACAUUCUACAGGAAUAUAAAACAGAGCUCAAUCAACUCAGAAUUGAACACAAAGCAUUGCAAGACAGGUUAAAACAAAGUGAAAGCAUGGAAUCAAGGCCAGCCAAGAGUGAAUCCCGCAUAUCUGACGUCGACCACCGCCUCACCAACGGACUUGAUCAGGAACAACGGAACAACAACACACAAGAAUCACAAAAAUCACUUGAAAGGCUAGCGAUAGCCGACGAAAUUCUGCGUUCCAAUUCUGACUUCCCGCCAGUUCGCACCCAGGAACUGUUCGGCGCCAAUGAAAACGAGCAUCGCCAGAGAGUGGUUUACGGUUCUCAAAAUGCUUCAAAGGGUGGCGAAAAACAAUCAGAAAUUUCGCGUCUGAAGGAUUCGUUUCCCUGUCAGGAAAGCAUGCCGCCCGAGAGCGAACAGGCUUAUCGGUCGGGUUCCACAUCGAUAACUGGUCUUGGGUUCCAUGUUCUGUCCGACAAGGACUUUGGCAGCGAUAUCACCAAGGCAAGUAACGGCGACCUGAUGACUUUCAGCGUUCCCAAUGGCUCGACCAGAGCCGACGUGAUGACUUCGUCUCAGAGGAAAGGUACUGUGGAUGACGAGGACAUUGAAAAGGCGUUGCAAUCUUUGAAGCAAAUUGAUCGUACGCCAGAUAUGAAAUCUGCGAUUGCGACAUUCCAGUCCUGUAGUGAUCAACUUUCCAUAUAUAAGAAGGCAAAUUCUGUUUUGAUUGAGAAACAUAACAUUUCGGCGAAACGAAUUAAGGAACUGGAAUCUUUUCAAGACAAGCUCCAAUUGUCCUUCCGCCGGUUGGAAGAGGACAAUGCCCGUCUGUUGGACCGUAUCCGUUGCUUUGAGCAGGAAAAGCACGCCAGCUCCGAACUUGCGCAAUCCGGCUUGUCUGGUGCCCAGAACGGAUGGGUCCAUGUUCAGGCUAAGGCAACUUUCGACAAGUCCCAGAAAACGAGCGUUUCGGACUUGGAGGGGCGCAACGCUCAGCUUCUCGAGGCCAAUCAGCGCUGGUCCACCGAGUGGAACCGACUGAAGGGCAGUUUAGAGGACAAAAUAAGGGACCUGGAGCGGGAUAGGGACCGCUUGGAACGCGAGAAAACCGAUCUGGCCCUUGCUGAGGACGCCAAGGUGCGCGAUUAUGAAAAGAUGCUGAUGAACGCGAAGAAAAUGCGGGAGGAAGAGGAGAACGCUAAAGAGGAGGCGUUAUCCCAACUGCAGAGCGCUAACCACCGCGUGGACACAUUGCAGUCCCAGGUUACUGACCUGCAGGACCAGGUGUCACGCUUGACCAGGGAGAAACAGACUCUACUAUCUAGGCCUCAACCAGUCGUAACGUCGCCGCACGACUCUGGCGUGACUCACCACUACGAUACGGAGAUUGUCGUGCUCCGUCAGCAGAUCCUGCUCUUCCAAGAGGACUUUGAACGGGAGAGACAGGACAGGGCCAAGGCCCAGCAACUCAUCCACGAGUACAAGGCGAAGAAUGAUAAUUUGAAGAAACGCGUUCGACACGUGGACGAGAAGUAUGCACGUUUGGAAAUGGAGUCACAGGAAACUAAAAGGAAACUUCAAAAUGAAAAUGAAAAACUGCAACGGGAAAUUAAAAGCCUUCAGGAGUUAGUACGGCGGGCGCAGACGCAGCAAGUGCAGCGGGACUUACAACGGGACCUGUACGCGCAGCAGGUGCGAGCCGGUCCCCAGCCCCAGCAGUACGUACCCCAGCCUCAACAGUUCGUGGUCCUGCCGCAGGCGUACGGCGGACGAACACGAGUCGGGGAGGGCUUCGGUUAUCCGUCGCCGUCGGCAAUGAGUCCACAGUACAACCGUACAUACGUCAUGCCUCAGACGGAACAUCUGCAAGGCGCGUGGUCGUGCAAACAAUGUACCUACAUUAACUGCCCGGAGCGAACCGUGUGCGAAGUGUGCGGGUAUAUACAAAGCCCACCAUCGACAAACAUGCGACGGGAUCCUUCGUCCGGAAAUCUAUACCCGAGGGGUGAACCACAAGAACAUCAGCAAGUUUUUACAUACGAUGGUGUGAAACCGGGAGACGUUAUAAUGGCUGGUUGAACAUGAUAUUGAUUAGCACCAUCUAAACAACAUCGGCCCCUGCGUCUUAUAACGUCAUCUCAACUACGUUACCGUCCAUUAAAUUUCGCGAUGUACGGUGAAAAUUGGCAUCCAUCCGUCGCAGCAUCAACAACCAAUGUCUUAGUUCACAACUGAAUAUUUAAAAACGAUUGCCGAGCAAAAUGGUCGAUUCGUUGUUGAGAAAAUUCCUCAGUCGACCGAAAAUGCCAUUGUUCAAGUACAAUUGCAUAGAACAGAGUACAGGAGGAGGCGUGCAACACAGAAUGAGUUUAGAUGCGAGUCUGGAUAUUUUGUACUUGUUAAAUGGCAUUUUGAGCGAAGGUUUUAUUGAAGCAAAUGGGUAUUGCAUAUAGAAUGGAAAUACACGUUUUGUCAACACCCUUUCGAACUUUGAAUUAUAUAAAAAUACCAAUAUGAAGUUAUUUAUAAAAUACCAAUAUGGAAUAAAAGUUCCUAUGUCAGUGUGAACUAAAACACGUCCUCGCUGCAAAAUAAAAUAAAAAGGC